CAGAAACCGUCCUCACACAAUUCCCUCUGUUAGGUCUUUGCUUUAUUUCCUCUCCAGCUGGUGAUGGUAGAACUGAGCUCAGCCUUUGCUGAGCCAUCUCUUCCUGCAAAAGGCUGGGACUGGCUUCUGCAAAGGUCUUUUGCUGCUGACUGGACACCCCAUGGGCAAAAGGCUGUCUGCCCGUGCUGGACCUGUGACUGCAGAGAUCCUCAUCCUCCUAGCAGGGCUGUGUGCUUCAGGUCCUGCCCAAGUAAGACUCGUAAAUGGCCCUGAUGCUUGCACGGGUCGGCUGGAGGUGUUUUAUAAUGGUACCUGGGGCACGGUGUGUGAUGAUCACUGGGACCUAGCUGGAGCCCGUGUGGUGUGCAGGCAACUGGGCUGCGGGAUGGCACUAUUGGCCUUUGGUGGCGCUCGAUAUGGGCGAGGAGCAGACCCAAUCUGGCUGGACAACGUGCACUGUGUGGGGACAGAAGUCACUCUUUCUGAAUGCAAGGCCCAGCCCUGGGGAGUCCACAACUGCGGGCAUGGAGAAGAUGUCAGCGUUGUGUGCUCCGGGACACCUAAUCCAGAUGCAAUCCUGAUCAGGCUGGUGAAUGGCUCAGAGCUCUGCUCGGGCAGAGUCGAAGUCUUUCACGCUCAAGAGUGGGGCACCGUGUGUGAUGACAGCUGGAACCUGAUAGACGCUGAGGUGGCAUGCAGAGAGCUGGGUUGUGGCUCAGCACUGUCAGCUCCAACCGGGGCUCACUUUGGGCAAGGGUCAGGCCACAUCUGGCUGGAUGAAGUGAGCUGUGCCGGGACGGAGGCGGCCCUUUCUCUGUGCCAGGCCAGAUCCUGGGGAAACCAUAACUGCAACCAUGGAGAGGAUGCUGGUGUUGAAUGCUCAGAACCAACCCAGCUCCGGCUGGUGAAUGGCUCCAGCCGCUGCUCAGGGAGAGUUGAAGUUCACCACAACCAGCAGUGGGGAACUGUGUGUGAUGACAACUGGGGCUUCAGUGAUGCAGAAGUGGUUUGUAGGCAGCUGGGCUGUGGGACAGCCAUAUCAGCCCCUGGCAAGGCUCAGUUUGGGCAAGGACAUGAUCCCAUCUGGCUGGAUGAUGUGAACUGCACAGGGACAGAAGGUGCCAUCACUGAAUGUAGUUUGAAGUCCUGGGGAGCCCAUAACUGUGACCAUGGCGAAGAUGCUGGUGUUGUGUGCUCAGAGCCUACAGAGUUACGGCUGGUGAACAGCCCGAAUUGGUGCGCUGGGCGAGUUGAGGUGCUUCACCACCAGCAGUGGGGAACUGUGUGUGAUAAUGGCUGGGACUUGGAGGAUGCUAAAGUGGUAUGCCGGCAGCUGGGCUGUGGUGCUCCAAUAUCUGCUCCUGGCUGGGCUAGAUUUGGCAGAGGCUAUGACCCCAUCUGGCUGGAGAAAGUGAGCUGCUCUGGGACAGAGUCUGCCCUUACCGAGUGCAGAGCCAAACCAUGGGGAGUCCACAGCUGUCAUCAUGGGGAAGAUGCCAGUGUGGUGUGCUCAGACCCAAUGGCACUUCGGCUGGUGAAUGGCCCAAGUCGCUGUGCAGGGAGAGUCGAAGUGCUUCAUCAGCACCAGUGGGGGACGGUGUGUGACGAUGAGUGGGGAUUAAGUGAUGCAGAAGUGGUGUGUCGGCAGCUGGGCUGUGGGAUGGCAGUCUCAGCCCCUGGCUCAGCUCACUUUGGGCGGGGACGUGACCACAUCUGGCUGGAUGACGUGAACUGCACAGGGACAGAAGCUGCCCUCUCCGAAUGCAGAGCCAAGCCUAAAGGAGUCCAUAAUUGCCACCAUGGAGAAGACGCUGGCGUAGUGUGCUCAGACCCAACUGAGGUCCGACUAGUGAAUGGCUCCAACCGCUGCUCUGGGAGAGUUGAGGUGCUGCAUAACCAGCAGUGGGGAAGUGUGUGUGAUGACAGCUGGGACUUGGACGAUGCAGAAGUGGUGUGCCAGCAGCUGGGCUGUGGGACAGCCAUAUCUGCUCCACCUAGAGCUCGGUUUGGGCUGGGGUAUGAACCCAUCUGGUUGGAUGAUGUGAACUGCACAGGCUCAGAGGCUGCCCUGUCUGAGUGUGGGGCCAGGCCGUGGGGAGAGAGUAACUGUAACCACAAAGAAGAUGCCAGCGUAGUGUGCCUAGGACCAGCUCAGCUCCGGCUGGUGAAUGGCUCCAAUCGCUGCUCUGGAAGAGUUGAGGUGCUUCAUAACCAACAGUGGGGAACUGUAUGUGACAAUGACUGGGACCUGAGUGAUGCUCAAGUUGUGUGCCAGCAGGUGGGCUGUGGGAUGGCCAUAUCAGCUCCAGGCUCGGCUCAGUUUGGACAAGGGUCGGGCCAUAUCUGGAUGGAUGGUGUUGAGUGCACAGGGACAGAAUCCAUCCUCUCUGAAUGCAAGUCCAGGACUGGGGAACGAGGUAAUUGCAACCAUGAGGAAGAUGCUGGUGUUGUGUGCUCAGAUCCCACAGCACUGAGACUGGUGAAUGGCUCAAAUCUCUGUGCUGGAAGAGUCGAAGUGCAUCAUAGAGAGCUUUGGGGAACUGUGUGUGAUGAUGACUGGGACAUAAAGGAUGCUGCAGUGGUGUGCCAUCAGCUGGGGUGUGGAACAGCACUCUUGGCCCCUGGCAAAGCUCGAUUUGGGAAAGGACAUGACCCCAUCUGGCUGGACAACAUGAACUGCACAGGGAGAGAAAGCACCCUGUCAGAGUGCCUGGCCAGGCCGUGGGGGGAACACAACUGCAACCACGGAGAAGACGCUGGCGUAGUGUGCUCAGGCUCUGUUAUACUACAGUCUUCACAGCCUCUGCCACUGCUCCCAUUGCUUGUCUUAAUCAUGGCACCAGUCUUGAUCCUGCUUUGUGUGUUUGUUCUGUACCAGAAGAGGAGAAGAAUGCAAAAUAGGGCUUUUAAUUCCACUCCAGGCUUUGUGCGCAUGGAGGAUCUGCUCAUCUCUGACAUCUCCCUUCCAACACAUGGAGCAGAACAGAUGGCAGCAAGGGCAGUUCCUACUGAGGAUACUGACAACAAAAGAGCUCACCUGAUGGGAUAAGAC